AGAGCGGUCACACUGCACAUUUGCAGAGAUUAUUUUCUCCAAAUAAAAGGGAAGAAAAGUGAGGAAAAUUGAAAUCAAAGAAAAAUUAAUGGCACACAAGCGUCUGUUCGUCUACGCUGUGCUACUGGCGAUAUGUUAUUUGGUUGGCGUGACAUGGGCUGAGACUGCAGCGCAAUCGUCGCCAGUGAUUGGCAGCAACAACAAUGCCAGCCAGCUGAGCGCUCCAGCGGCUCCAGCAGCACCUGCCAAGCAAACGGGGGACUCGCCGCCACCCGCUGUGGCGCCUCCGCCCAAGGUCAUCGGCAAGACGGUGGCCAAUGCUCCCGGCCAGAGCUCUUCCAAUUCCAGCAGUUCAACAGCGCCAUCUACCGAGUGCGUCUGUGCUGGUGCCCUGCUGCCGCGCUUGGAUGCCAAUGGCAAGGAAUUGCCCAUCUGCGCCGAGUGCAAAUGCUCCCAUGUGGCGAGAAAUACGACUCUGAUCAAGGUCGUGGUCAUCAUUGUGAUUUGGAUCAUCUCCAUUUUAGUGAUAUACAUGCUCUUCCUGAUGUGCCUGGACCCGUUGCUGAACAAACGAGUGAAGGCGAACUACCAGGAGCACACCAACGAAGAUGACGAGCCGACGCCGCCCAUGCCCGCCGUAAACAACCAGGAGCUCAGCGCCAGAGCCAAUGUUCUUAAUCGCGUGGGCCACCAGCAGGACAAGUGGAAGCGGCAGGUGCGCGAGCAGAGACGCCACAUAUACGACAGGCACACCAUGCUGAACUAAGGAGGGGUCGAUUUGGAACCGGAGGAGAAUAGAAGAAGCAUGGGCGACUUAAGACACGUAUUCCAAGCAGUUAUCUUCUAAAAAAUUCCGCUUUUGGAUCAAAUUGAAUAUAUGUUUAGACAAAAUUAUUAUUUUAAUUAAAUUAUGUAACCAAAAUAA